ACUCAAAACAUAAUUCAAAAUAUUCAACUCCUUUUUUUCUCUCUAGCAAUUACAAAAUGGCUUCGGUCUUAUUCCAGACUCGUUCCGAUAGUUUACCGACUAAAUCACACCCGCUCGUCUCCGAGUUGGAUGAUCAAAUCUGCAGAUUAAGGGCUUGUGAAGCUACUUCUACUUCAUCAAUGUCAAUAACGCAUAAACUAAGCGGCCUUCAAGAUUUAUACGACUGCGUCGACAAAAUACUUCUUUUACCUCUAACUCAACAAGCAUUAGCUCAGCAUCAAAAUCGGAAAUGGGUGGACGAGCUUUUAGAUGGAUCGCUAAGGAUUCUCGACGUGUGCAACUCCGCUAAGGAUGCAUUGUUGCAAACUAAAGAGUACACGCUUGAACUCGAGUCGACUAUUCGAAGACGACAAGGAGGAAGCGAGAAUAACAUAGCAACCGAGGUUAAAAAGUACAUAACCUCGCGAAAAAUGGCGAAGAAAUCGAUCCAAAAGGCGAUGAGUAAUUUAAAGGGAUUAGAGAGCAAAUGCUGCGUUGAAACUGGAACUGAAAUAGCUAAUUUUGUUAGCAUGUUGAGAGAGGUUCAAGUGGUGACUCUUGCUGUGUUGAAAUCUUUUAUGUCGUUUAUUUCCGGGACGAAGACGGUGACGAAGACGAAGACAAAGACGAACAACUGGUUGUUAGUUUCGAAGAUUAUGCUGAACAAAAGAAUCGCGUCGGAGGAAGAAGAGGAAGUUGUUAAUGAAUUUGCAUUGGCGGAUAUUGCAUUGGAGUCUCUUAAGUGUGAUAAUAAUAUGGAGAAUGUGCAGAAUCAGUUGAAGAAUUUGGAGCAAUGUAUUGAAGAUUUUGAAGAAGGUUCUCAUAAUCUUUUUAGACGAAUGAUCAAAACUAGGGUCACCCUUCUCAAUAUUUUGAGUUAGAAAUUAGAUAAUUAAACAUCUUUUUGUAUAUGAAUCCAAAUAUUCUUGUAUAAAUUUUGUUUAAUAU